AUGGGGGCGCGAGACGGCGGUGCGGUGCUCCUGCUGCUGGGCCUCGCGACGGCGCUGGCGGCGCGGGGCGCCGGGGCACAGGCGCGUCCCUUCCAGCCGCCCACCCCGCCCGCGCCCACGGGCCCGGUGCUGGUCCUUACGGCCGACAACUGCACACAGACCGUCACGCUGGCGCCGCCGCUCUAUCAGGCGCAGGAGUUCCGGCUGCUGCAGGAGCCGGGGUUGCGUUGCGUGUUGACCUUCGUGGCAGCACCUCCUGAGCCCUGGCGGCCGCUGCAGUGGCCCUCCAACCCCUACCCGGCUUACGGAGAAUGGCGCCGCCAGUCGCACCACUAUGACCACCAUCCGGUGCCGGAGUUCGUGCAGGUGGUGUCGGCGCCCAAGUGGCACGGCGCGCCCGACCCUGCCCCGCCGCCCGGCCCGCCGCCGCCGGAGGCGUGGCUAUGGUGGUGGUGGUGGCAGCGGGAGGCCGCCGCCGCCGAGCCGCCCCCGCGGCCACCGCCCGCGGCCGUGCGCGCUCGCCUGCUGGUGCAGCUGCGUGACGUGGACGUGAGCCCGGGCGUGUUCGACUGCGAGAUGGGCGGCGCGCGUGUGUACAGCGUGCUGCAGGGACUGCCCACGCUGCUGCUGUCCGUAUGCGGAGCAGACAACUCGAGCACAGCUUCCCUGUCCGAAGACGGGGUAGCCAUCGUCACGUACACCUCCGGGGAAGUAGCGUCCGGCAGCGGCCUCACCGUGUCGGUGCAGACGAUCCCGCAGGCCUUCGCCAGCUACUCUCCCCCGCCCUGGCAGAGGUCGUGGCGCUCUCGCCGCCAAGAGCAGCCGGCGUCGGCGGGCCGCCCUCCCUUCGCUUCGGAGCGGCUGGUCGCUCCUCCAAGCUACCCCGUCCUCCCGCGCCCUCAGACCGGCUUUCCGCCCAAGGACAUCCGCUCCGAGUCGCAUCCCUACGAUCAAGUGGACUUUUAUCCGGGCGGCUAUUACUACACCGGUGGCUGCAAUAAUACGCGAUGGGAUGGGAGGGUAAAGCCGCCGAGGAAAUAGAACACAACCCUCGCCGACUGUCGAACUGGGGAGCGGGCGAGGAAAUGCGUGUUCAACUAUCUCUAUUGCAAAGAGACCCACACCCGCUGAGAAUGUAUGAAUAUGGAUGUACGUUCGAUCAACCCAUGGUACCAAACAUCAAUUUUAUAACAAAUUAUGGAAUAUACUUAUUAAACGAAAUUUUUUAGAGAAAUAAAAAUUAUUCUCAGUAACGAAGGCGUUAAUUUUUAG